CCGCCACUUUCCACUUUCAGCAUCACUUUUCUUCUGUACCUGUCAGGUCUCCAGUUUUCAAAGGCGAGUCUGCUCGAAACGUCUGCACCACAAUGUUAAAGUUACGUCGAUGGCAGCGAAAAGAAGACCACGGUCUUCAAGCGCUAUGCAGGCGCAUCGUGUUGGGGACGACAGCCAUGCAGAGUCUCAGUACACUGACGAGGUUCACAAGUACCUCGACAGGACUUGUCCCCAUCUUCUCAACAGCAACAGUCCUCCCUCAGAGAUAGAAGCCAGGAAUAUCGCGUCUUUCAUUCACGAUGCCCGGUCUGAGCUACAAGAAGCGGACAUGGAGAUCUUAUCGUUGCAGCAAGCGAUGAACCUGGCCAAGGAGAAGCGUUCUCGCAUUGCCCGUUGCAUCGCAGCCCCCCAAGCGAUUCUUUCAUCCAUCCGUCGACUCCCUCCAGAGAUACUAAGCCUUAUCUUCGCAUGGGGCCUGCCCACGAAGACGUACCACGUUUUCGAUGUCAAGGGUGUACCAUGGGUGCUAGGACAAGUCUGCAGUCGCUGGCGAGUCACAGCAUUAUCAUUCGCCUCUCUCUGGUCAACCUUCACACUCACAAAAUACCCCCGUCGUGCCUCACUGCACCCCGACUACCUCAUCUUCUUACUAAAUUCGGCUCUAUCACGUUCGCGCCACAAAGGAUUGACAUUCCACUACUCCCCCCACACACGCAGAUACCCUCACAACCACCUAUUCAUCCAAGCCCUCGUUCGCCACGCGCCUCGUUGGUCCCACGUUACUCUGACCGGUGUACCGGAGAACCUCGUUCCGCACUUCUUCCCCGCAAAAGGCAAAUUGCUGUCUUUGCAGCGUCUGGUGCUCGGGCGGCAGAGUAUGGGGUAUAUCGAUCUCUUCGAACAGGCCCCCCGGCUACACGAUGUCACUUACCAGCCUCCACCCCCGCAGUCCUCAGCAUUCUCGUUCCCGUGGUCCCAGCUGACGAGCAUCGCCAUACAAGACCGCUUCAACACAGUCAUGUCGGUCAUCACCCUCUGCACAAAGCUCGAAUGCCUAACCCACCAACUUGGAUUUCUCGCUAUCUGGUGGGACAGGAACGGUGUCGUGGGCCCGAGACUCGUGCAUAACAAACUUCGCGUGCUGCGGCUAGACUAUCCCGCUAUCCUUCUCCCCAUCGUAUCCUUCCCAUCUCUACAAUCUCUCGAAAUCGAUGGACCCAGUCCUGAAGAGUACUUGGGGCCCCUCGCAAGCUUCAUCCAAACAUCAGGCUGUUCCCUCCAGACACUGAGUCUCCAGAUGUUCAAGGGUAUCCCGCAUGAGCUCUAUGAGGUUCUGAAGUUAUGUCCUGAGGUGUACAACCUCAAACUCGAAAUCAAAGAUCCGGGGCCAGCCUUUGAGGGUCUCCUCAAGUUCCUCUCGCAGAACGGGGAGCACUGUGAAGCGGACGUCAGCCCUGUGUUACCAAAGCUGAGGCAUCUUCAUAUUGGCGUUCGACGAGAUCCUGGUGAUGAUACUCUGACGAGUGAGCAGGAAGCUUCUUCGUGUUAUACUAUGGUGGAUAUGAUAAGCAGUCGAUGGGCCGUGAACACUGGAGAUUCUAGGGAGAGACUGCGCUCAAUUGUCUAUUGCGCUGAUUUUGCGAAUGAUUUGAAGCUAUCAGAGAUAGACAGGCUGGAGGAGAUGAAGAAGGAAGGGCUCAAGGUCUCGGUGUCGCUUAAUGACAAAAAAGUCAUCUGAAUAUUUUUUUAGUGCUCUUGAAGCUCGAGCCAGCGUCAAAUUGCAUAUAUCCAGUCCUUUCAAGUAACAUUCACCAGACCUUGAGCUAAGAUGCUCCCAUACGAACUUCUCUCGCCGUUAGUCAGCUUAUAUCUAGAUGUUCCUCCGUUUUUGAUUAAUGGAGUCGAGUUCGAGUCUACCAUUUUAUCUCUCGGGACUAUUUCAGACUGCCAUC